UUAGGAGGGGGAGAGAGAGAGAGAGAGAGAGAGAGAGAGAGAGAGAGAGAGAGAGAGAGAGAGAGAGAGAGAGAGAGAGAGAGAGAGAGAGAGGAGGAAGGAGAGGUGGUAGAGAAGCGGAUCAGAUCGAGAAUCUGACAUGCCCGCUCAGGUAGAAAUACGAGGGAAGGCAGCGGCAGGAGCUGUGGUAGUAGAAGCAGCAAUGCAGGGGGAAACGAUGGAAAGACAAACAGCAGCAGGUUUCAGAGGCUGUUGGAGGAGUAGUCCACGGCGGCCGCCGCUGUUGGUGAAAAUUCAAGGAUCCUCUCCUGUCUGCCCUCAGACAAAUAGGAUCUCUGUCACCGAUGGCUAUGGCUUCAGAGCGGAGGUGACAGCAGCGGACUCGGCUCUUAUACGUGAGGUGGAGCAGCGCACGAGCGAGACAGGCAAGCUGUGGGCAGCCGUAGAAGCAAUCAAGGGCCCUCGCUGGUACAAGAGGGUGCCUUUGCCAUCGCUAUGCGGAUCGGUAUUUGGACCAAGGCCCGGACCAGGUUCCGAACCUGCUCCACGACCAGAUGACGGAACUUCUGCCACACGAUCACCAGAAGCAACUGUAGCAGGAAUAGAAGUAGUAGGAGCAGCAGCAGCAGGAGGAGGAGGAGGAGGAGGAGGAGGAGGAGGAGAGCUGUCAUCCACUCCAAAAGCAGGUUUGAAGCUGAAGUUCAAGGCGGCGACAGUGUGUUUCCGGCAUAAUUCAAUGGUGAAGAAGAUGGUUCGCAAGGGUGUGCCUGCCCGGCUACGACCUGAGGUUUGGAAGACCUGCUCGGGGGCUAUGAGGAAGAAAGCAUCCAUGCCGCCAGACUACUACCAGUCGUUGCUUCGAGAGAUGGAGGGAAGAGAGACGGCGGCGACGCGACAGAUCGACAACGAUCUCCGACGCACUUUCCCUGGCCACCCUUGGCUCGACACGGAGGCGGCUUUGAGGUCACUUCGACGGAUUCUCGUCGCCUACUCUUGGAGAGAGACUUCCGUUGGUUAUUGCCAAGGGAUGAAUUACGUGGCUGCGUACUUGUUGGUGGUGUUACGGUCAGAGGAAGACGCUUUCUGGGUGCUGACUGUGCUGCUCGAGGAGCUGCUGUUAACGGAUUGCUACUCUGAGAACCUGCUGGGCUGCCACGUGGAGCAGAGAGUACUCAAGGACCUGCUGUGGAAGAAACUGCCCAAGCUGUCGACGCAUCUGAAGCUGAUCGGCUUCGAUGUGGGGCUCGUGACGACGGAGUGGUUCUUGUGUUUGUUUGCGAAGAGCUUCCCGACGGAGAUGGCGAUGAGGUUAUGGGAUGUGCUGUUCAACGAGGGAGCGAAGGUGUUGUUCCGAGUGGCGCUGGCCAUCUUCAAGCUGAAUGAGCCGCAGAUCAUGAAGCUGAUGAAUGUCGGUGACGUUGUCAGCUUGCUUCAGGAGUUCACAUCCAGAGCGUUCGACGCCGACGCUCUUCUUAAGGUGGCUUUUGACCAGAUAGGCUCGCUGCCUAUGAGUUCGAUCAGGAGGAAGAGAAGGUACCAACAGCCCGCCGUUAUCACAGAACUCAAGGAGAGACUUGAAAGAUGCCGCGUCCACCCUCUCAACGCGAUAGCCAGCUGCGCCUCAGGAAGCAGAGGAAGGAGAAGGGGAGAAGGCCCCACCAGCUCUCCUCAUCCAGUCCCCUUUAGGGUGUGCAGCGUGUGCGUAUUUGCCAGUGUUGGCGGUGGGAAACGCGGGAAGGCGAGGUUCGAACUCUCGCGAGUUAUGGAGCAAGGAACUCGUUUGCGUAUCACGAUGAGAAGGGGAGGAGAGGGGGGAAAGAAAAAAAGAAAGAGAGACUGCACGUGGUCUAGUGAGGAGGAGGAGGAGGUGCGCAGGAGGUUCUGGAGGACAAGGAUGUUGGGAGGAGAAGAGAAGGGGCUCUUCUCGAGAGAAAGCAGACAGGGAGAGAGCGACGUAGCAAUUGACACGUGGCAUGCACUUCCGGUUGCCACGUGGCAUGCUUCGACGGCUGCUACCUGGCAUGCAUCUUCGGCUGCCACGUGGCGAGCCAGAGACAUGGAGGAUGUUCAUGAAUGUGGAGGAAGCUGCACUACCGUCUUCUCCCGAACAUAACGCACCCUGAUAAUGAGUGUUUACAAGGUAUGUUUACGUCCAGAUACAGUCAAAAUGAGGGUGCGUUGUGUUCGGGCGAAGACGGUAGCAAGUGACACGGUUGCAAGUGACACGUGGCACGCAGUUACCGGCUGCCACGUGGCAAGCCAGAGACAUGGAGGUUGUUCAUGAAGGGAGGAAGAUCUGAUGGAGGUAGACUCAGUAGGCAUGGUUGGGGGAAAGCACGUAGGCACGCUCCGAGAGUGCCACGUGGCGCACGCGUUAUGACGGCCACGUGGCUAACGAGAGACACGAGGAUGUUCACGAGAAGA